AUGCAGCCAGCAGGCUGGGCGGCCGUCAGGGAGGCGGUGGGCCGCGACAUGCUGGCCGCUGACCUCCGUUGCAGCCUCUUCGCCUCAGCGCUGCAGAGCUACAAGCGCGACUCGGUGCUGCGGCCCUUCCCUACGUCCUAUGCCCGCCACGACUGCAAGGACUUUGAGGCCCUGCUUGCAGAUGCCAGCAAGCUACCCAACCUGAAAGAACUUCUCCAGUCCUCCGGAGACAAAGACAAACGUGCCAGGGAUCUGGUGAGCUGGAUUUUAUCCUCAAAGGUCCUGACAAUCCACAGUGCAGGGAAGUCAGAGUUCGAAAAGAUCCAAAAGCUGACCGGUGCCCCUCACACGCCUGUCCCCGUGCCGGACUUCCUGUUUGAAAUUGAGUACUCCAACCCAGCGAACGCCAAAUUUUAUGAGACCAAAGGAGAACGAGACCUAAUCUACGCCUUCCACGGGAGCCGCCUCGAAAACUUCCAUUCCAUCAUCCACAAUGGGCUGCAUUGCCACCUGAACAAGACAUCCUUGUUUGGGGAAGGGACCUACCUCACCAGUGACUUGAGCCUGGCCCUCAUUUAUAGCCCCCAUGGCCUUGGAUGGCAGCGCAGCCUCCUUGGCCCCAUCCUCAGCUGUGUGGCUGUGUGUGAAGUCAUUGAUCAUCCAGAUGUCAAGUGCCAAAUGAAGAAGAAGGAUUCUAAGGAGAUAGAUCGCAGGAGAGCAAGAAUCAAACAUAGUGAAGGCGGAGACAUCCCUCCAAAGUACUUUGUGGUCACCAAUAACCAGCUCCUGCGAGUGAAGUACCUGCUGGUGUACUCCCAGAAGCAGCCCAAGAGCAGGGCUUCAAGCCAGCUGUCCUGGUUUUCCAGCCAUUGGUUUACGGUCAUGAUAUCCCUGUAUCUGCUGCUGCUGCUCAUUGUGAGUGCCAUCAACUCCUCAGCUUUCCAACACUUCUGGAAUCGUGCAAAGAGAUAAUCUCUCUGGUGUGGGGGCUACCUCGACCAUGUGCCUUAUGACAACCUGUUCUGUACCUCCCAUGCGCCGCAUCCAACCAGGUGGAGCCUGGGGGCCAGUUGGGGACCACAGGACAAUUUUCAUAUGCCAUAAAUGUACUGAUUGCCUUUGACGAUGCUCUGAGCCACUCUCCGCUCAGUGGGCACCAUGAGUCUCUCGCUCUGGGGCUUCAGGGGAGUCCUCCUGUCUGCUCCUUCCUAAACAGUCCUAGGGAGUUGGUUUUUCUGCCAGGGCCAAAGGAAAAAGUCCUGCUGCAUUUAAAAACAAAGUGUCCAAGCUGUCAGUGGGGUGUUUACAGUCACUCCUGGCAGACGUUGGCCCUUUCUCUAAUGCCUUCUGGAAGGCAGAAUAUGUGUAGUGGGGACUAUAAAUCACUAGGCGGUUGCCUUGUUUUGACCUGAGACACCCAAGAGGAACAGUCAUGUUUCUCAUAAAAAUUGGUGGGAUCGUUUUGAAUUCCAUCAGCCUUUGUAUGUGAGUGCAAAACCUUUUCACAGUUUUCUCAGAUCAACAAACAGCCUUCUGCUACAGCUGUAACCCCCCUGCCCCAACCGUGGACGAGCAAGGAAGGAGCCAGAGACCUGAUAAAAAAGACAAAUUUAACAGCAACUCAAGUCUUUUUCUAAAAAUUACCAACUGCUGAUUGUAGUUGAAAUGGAAACACGUUUGUUUUCUGUUUUGUUUUGCUUUUUUAAGUAGCUAUUUGACAAAUUCAUCUUUGGGAGCUGAGUAAAAGGAGAAGAUUUCGAGAGCACUCUUUGGUCAGUGCCCAUAGUCUCUUUCCUGGCCAUGUGUUAGAGAAAGGGAUUUGAGUUGCAGGCCUGACACCUGUUCUUGUUCUCACGAAGCUGCCUUGAUUGUGGCCUCCCAGCCACAAGUGCCAUGCUGCAGGACCUCAGGACACGGGCCUGCCUCAGUCUGCCGCCAGUGUGCAUGGACUGAGCCUCCCUUGGAGGGCUCACAGGUUGUCGGGACCCAACCUGGGCUUUAAAAGUGGGGAGGAAGCCUCUGGCUGCUCAGGGAACUGCAGAUCUCCUUGCUGUGUUCUCUGUCCUUCCUUCCUGCCCUGUUUCAGCCAUCAUGGAGCCCCAUCUGAUUUGAGGGGUAGAUCUCUGUAAAGAAGGUAGAAAGUCAUUUUUCUAUAAUCUGUGAAGUUGUGAACAAGCCACUAUCAUGGUUUUUACAUUGAAUAUUGGAAGAUUUCAGAGAUAAUAAAGGUAUUUUGCUAAUUA